AUGGAGUCCGGUGAGGGCGGCGGCUGCCGUCUCCCCUGGGAGCUCGUCGUGGAGAUCCUCCGCCGCCUCCCGUACCGGUCGCUCUGCCGCUUCAGGUGCGUCUCCAGGUCCUGGCACGACCUCUCCUACCACCCCGACCACCGCAACACGCUGCCCCAGGACCUCGCCGGCCUUCUCUACACCAACCACGCCCCUAGCCCCCUCCACUGCGACUUCGCUGUCCGGUUCGCGCCGGCCGGCUCGUCGCCGUUCCCUGGCCUUGGCUUCCUUCCAUGUAGCGCCCGCGCCCUGCCCCUCGACUGCUGCAACGGCCUCCUCCUCUGCCGGGACGGCGGCGGGUCCGGUGGAUGUCACUAUGUCUGCAACCCGGCCACUGGCAAAUUCACCGUUCUCCCGAAGCCGUCGUCUGGGUUCCAGGCGCUGGCCCUGGCUGCCUUCGAGCCUCACGGCGCCUCGCCUCGAUUCCAUGUACUCAACUUUGCAAGAACCGAGCCUGUGCAAAGGGUCUUCUUUGAUUCAGACUUUGAAGAAUCCGAUGGUGAUGACGAUCCGUCUGACACCGACGGUGGUGAAUUGUUGGAUUUGUGUGAGGCAACCAACUUCUGUGUGCAGGGCCUUGAGGUAUUCUCGUCGGUGACCGGGAAAUGGGUGCAGAGCCAUGCUUGCCGUGACUCCCGUGUCAGGCUGGUGGAAGGAAUGGGCAGUGUGUUCAUCAAUGGCUUUGUCAAUUUGCUCACCCACGAGAAGAAGGUUCUUGCUGUCGAUCCAGAGGGCCAGGCGUGGCGCCUGAUUCCAUUGCCUGCAUCCAACUGGUUUGGGUUGGUGGGGUGCCUCGGACAGUCUCAGGGAUUCCUGCAUUAUGCUGUGCACGAAGGCUGCGGCAACACCAUGAUGCAGGUUUGGUUUCUGAAGGAUUUCGAGGAAGGGGAUUGGAUUCUGAAGCGCCGCUUCGAGAUUGAAGUGGCUCCGCAGACGAAGAUACUGUUUGAUUAUGCUGGCAAUGAAUUCUGGUCUGAAAUUUUCUAUGUGGUUGUGUUUCAUCCCGAGAGGGAUCUUGUUUUCCUCCCUGUGGAAGGAUACAGGUUGCUCUCCUAUAAUUUGAUCAGUGCUGAAGUGAAGGAGAUAUGCAUGCUGGAACCAGAAACAAGGCCCAGGUUCCUGGUUUAUGUGCCCUCCUUUGUGGAUUUACCAAACCCUGAUGUUGCCGCUGCAGCUUUUCUAGGCAUGUGUUAA